AUGUCGCCAUCCCCACCACCUAACGGUAGCGCGGCUGCUGCUUCGAUGACCAGCAACACAACCGCCAGUGAACCUGCUGCCAAGAGAGCUCGAGUCGAUGGGCAAUCCGAACAAACGUUGAGUUCAGCAAAGAAUCAGACUGGACUCCCUCCAUUGACAGCUUCCCUUCUCGAGAGUGGCAAGUGGUCGGACCUAGUCAUCAAAUGUCAAGGACGGGAAUGGAAGUGUCACCGAACAGUCGUCUGCUUGCAAAGCGCUCCUUUGAGUGCUAUGAUCAGUGGCGAAUUCAUCGAAGCUAUUACUGGUGUCAUCGAUCUGAGUGAAAAUGAGCCCGACAUCGUCAAUUGCAUGAUCCAGUUCAUGUACACCAAUGAAUAUUCUGAUUCGAUCACCACCAACUCCGAUAUUGCAUCAACUGAAACCAGCACUGCAUCGAUAGAUUCCGUUGAGGCUAAAGACAGCUUGGUCAACGCGCGUGCCAACAAACCCUUCUUGACCAACACCAAAGUCUACGUCCUUGCCGAAAUGUUUGACCUACCAGCCCUGAAAGCCGUCGCCGUCAAGAAGUUCAAGACAGCUCUCACUCGCAAGGCUACUUCAGAGGGCUACACCGAUAGUCUGAUCCUCAUCCAUGCCGAAACUCCAGACACCGAUCGAGCUUUGAAAGAUGUAGCACUGGGAUAUGCCGUGAGCCAUGCUGCUGCUCUGCUUGAGAAAGAGGAUUUCCAAGCUUUCUGCAAGGAUCCUUGUGCGAAUGAGUUCCUUAUGCAAAUGCUGAAGCAGAUGGCGGAUAAUGCCUUGUCCAAGACUUGCUAA